UGCAUGAAGCCACCAUAUUGCUUCUUGUCUUUGUUGAUACCUGGCCCUAAAGCUCCUGGAAAUGAUAUCGAUGUGUACUUAGAACCAUUGGUAGACGAGUUGCGAGAGCUAUGGUAUUAUGGAGUCGAUACAUAUGAUGCUUCGAGAAGAGAGAAUUUUUGUAUGCGGGCCGCACUCUUAUGGACUAUAAAUGAUUUUCCAGCUUAUGCCUACUUGUCUGGAUGGAGCACGAAGGGAGCUUUGGCUUGUCCUUCAUGCAACAAAGAGACUCCUUCUACUCGAUUAAAGUAUGGUCGUAAGUUUUCUUACAUGGGUGCUCGUAGGUUUCUAUCAUCUAAUCAUAAAUGGCGGCGGAAUAAGCGUGAUUUUAAUGGAGAAGUAGAAAAAAGAUCUGCUCCUAAAGCUCUUUCUGGAGAUGAUGUUUUAAACCAGUUGUCUAGUUUGGAAGACGUGACAUUUGGUAAGACCCAAAAAAAACAAAAAUAUGAAAAAAGUAAAGGGAUUCAUAACUGGAGGAAGAAAAGCAUUUUUUUCAAACUUCCUUACUGGAAAAAUAAUUUAAUACGCCACAAUUUAGAUGUGAUGCAUAUCGAAAAAAAUGUUUGUGAUAAUAUCAUUGGGACAUUAUUAGAUAUAGAAGGAAAGGCAAAAGAUAAUCUGAAUGCUCGUCGUGAUUUGAAGGAAAUGGGUAUAAGGAAAGAUUUGCACGCAACUCAAAAGGAUGGAAAAUGGUAUUAUCCAAGAAGAUGCUAUUCUUUAUCACCGGAUGAGAAGUCUAAAGUAUGCAAGUUCUUGAAAAUGGUUAAGGUUCCAGAUGGUUAUUCUUCCAAUGUAUCACGGUGGGUGAAGUUAAAGGAUCGUAAAGUUUAUGGAAUGAAGAGUCACGAUUCUCAUAUUCUGUUGGAACAGUUGCUUCCUCUUGCAAUUCGCGGAGUCGUGCCAAACAAUGUCUAUGAUGCUAUCACCGAGUUAAGUAUUUUCUUCAGAGAGUUGUGUUCAAAAACAUUAAGGGUUGAUGUUUUGGAUCAACUUGCAGCUCAAAUUCCAAUAACAUUAUCCAAAUUAGAAAAAAUAUUUCUACCAACAUUUUUUGACGUUAUGGUGCACUUGGUCAUUCAUCUCCCAACAUACGAAGCUAAGGUUCUUUGGACUGUACAAAACAGGUGGAUGUACCCAAUGGAGCGAUUAAUGGGCAAAUGGAAAUGUUACGUUCGUAAUAGAAAUCAGCCUGAAGGAUCUAUUGCAGAGGGGUAUAUUGUUGAAGAAAGUCUAAUAUUUUGUUCAAGAUAUUUACAUUGUGGUGCGAAAGGAUAUAAUCGAAUGGACAAAAAUUAUGAAGGUGAUCAUGUUGAGUCAUACAGUGGAUUAUCAAUAUUUGAACAAAAGGGUUGUCCGUUAUUAAGAGAUACAUCCAAAAAUCUUGAAGAGUUUGAGCGAAAACAAGCUCAUCUUUAUGUCUUGAGAAAUUGUGAAGAAGUUCAACCAUUUCUACGAGAAUAUGAGCAGAACAAUCGGGACAUGAACUUCGAUGAUUGGUUUUCCAAUCGAGUAAGUUUUUAUUGUUACUUUGAAUUCAAUUUUUUUUUUUUGUGGUAAAUACCUUUCCGGACAAAGUCCCGAGCUUAGUGCAACAUAUGAAACCUCAAUACCCAAGGUCUUUCUACUCU